AUGCCUGAGACAGCUUAUCAAAGAGAUUAUUCGAGUCGUUUUGGUACGCCUGAAUCAGCGCCUGAGCCAACGCCUGGAUCAACCUCGAAGGAACCCGAAACAGUUCAUGCCGAAUUUCCAGUGCCUUUGAAAAAAACAUGGGCUCAGCAGCUCCAUCUUUUCAGCUCUGUGUACACGACAGAGUCGCUGUUCACGCUCUUCUGGCGCCCUCUCCCCCUCCUUAUGAUUCCAUCUGUUCUUUAUGGUACUCUGAGUAUGUCGGUUAGUAUAGGUGCAUUUGUUGCAAUCAGCUCGAACUACGCAACAGCUUUCACUGAGGUCUACGAAUUUUCAACCUGGGAGUGCGGUCUCACUUAUGUUGCAGUCCUGAUCGGUGCUCUCACCGGAAUUUAUGGUGGUGGUUGGCUAUCCGACAAAAUCGCAGACAAGUUGACUCAGCGUCAAUCGGGUAUCCGUGAGCCAGAAAUGCGACUUCCUACAAUCAUGAUAUCCAUGAUACUAGCGCCUUUGGCACUAGUUUUAUAUGGAGUUGGUAUACACUAUUCAUUACACUGGAUGGUUCCUGUUCUGGGCCUGGGAUUUUGUGGGUGUCCGAUAUACUCCAAGAUCAAAGCAUUUCAGUACUAA